ACAGAGGGUGCUGUGAUUGACUUCACCAACGUCCGUUCACGCAAGAUAUCGCGAUAACUUGGGACCUGAAUUUAAACAGUGGCGGUUUGAGACGUUUUUGAAAAAGAUGGCAGCAGAGGACGAAAUCCAGCUGUUGAAGAUCCAGCUGCGGGAGAAGGAGGAGCUGGUCCAUAAAGCCGGUCAAGCUGGUUUGGAUCUUCUUAACCAGCAGAUGGAGCUGCAAAGCAAGCUGGAAGAGCAGAGAAUAGAGAUGACCAACGCACUCGAGGCUCUUGAGCAGGAGAAGUACUCGUUGCAGAGGGAGGUAGAACUGAAGACCCGGAUGCUGGAGUCGCUUCAGUCGGACUACGAGUCCUCUAAGAACCAGCAGAAACAGCAGCUUCAAAACCAACAGCAACAUCUGGAAAGGAGCCACAGCUCUGCACAGAGCGAGCUGCACAACAAGCUGCUCAGGUUGCAGUCGGAUCUGGAUAAAUCCCAGCUGAAUGAAAAGCAGCUGAUCCACAAGCUGGAGGUGCAGACGGAGACGCUCAACAACAAGAUGGAGGAGCUUCGAGCUUUGAACGAACAGACCCAGAGCUCCAUGACGUCUGAGAUGAUGGAGGUGCAGCUGAAGGUGAUGGAGCUGGAGACCGUGAAGGCAGAGUUGGAGCAGGACGUUCAGGAGUCUCGGUACCAGCAGCAGCAGCUGGAACUGGCUGUUUGCACCCUGCAGCGGCAGCUGCAGCGGGUCACAGAAGAGAAGGAGGAAAGAGAAAAAGAAGCCGUUUCCUGGUUCAAUGCUCUGGAGAAAUGUCGUGAGCUGAACCGGGACCUGCAGGUCCAGCUGGAUCAGGCUCUUCGGGAGGCUCAGGAUCCAAACCGGAAAGGGAAUUCUCUGUUUGCCGAGCUGGAGGAUCGCAGAGCUGAGAUGGAGAGGCAGCUCAUCAGCAUGAAGGUCCAGCACCAGUCGCUGCAGAAGCUGCACGCCUUCAGCAAACAGCAGAUGCAGCGCAUGAAGGUCCAAAUUGCAACCCUGAUGCAGCUGCAGGGAUCGCGAGCCGACCCGGCUCAGCUGGAGAGGCUGCAGUCCAUGCUGUCGGAGAAAAACAGCGAGAUCCACAACCUGAUGACCAAACUGCAGAGGCUGGAGAAGGUGGAGAUGUUGCUGAAGUCCCAGCCCUCGAACCCCGCCCCAGCAGAUGCAGGCGACGGUCGGGAUGAAACGUACUACACUGACCUGCUGAAGAUGAAGCUCAGCGACACUGUGAAGGACGCAGAGCGCCUGGGGGACGAGCUGUCCUUGCAGAGGAUGAAGUCUCUGUCAGAGAGCCAGAGGGCCCUGGAGCUGGAGAGGAAGCUCUUCACAUCGGAGCGGCUGCUCAAACAGGCUCAAAGUGACAAGAUCAAACUGCAGCUGCGCAUCGAGGAGCUUCAGCACAAAUACGAGCCCAACGACGGGAAGAGGAACCCCCAAAAGAGAAAGAAGGAGAAACUUCCCGUCGACGUCCUGCCCCCCCCUGAGGAGAGCUCCUGCGACAAAGCCCAGCAGGUGGUUGCCGUGGAGUCAAACAUUAAGAAGGAAGAUGCUGAGGCAAGCAUCUGCCCUGCGGAGAUGAAGACCUCCACACACGAUCCGGAGCCGCGGCCCGCCAAGUGUGUGAGGAUCAGCGAAGACGACGGUGUUGUGGCUCCGAACCCCAGCUCUGCUCCGGCUGACCUGAAAGUCAAAACGGAGCCGGACGAGAACCUCCCGCAGAACAAAGCGGUGGCGAGGAAGAGGAAACCCGUGGAGACGAUCCACGUCACGUCCAGCAGCAGCAUGGAGAACCAGUGCGCUCAGCAGUAGAAGUGUUGCAUGGAUGUGAACCAACGCUGCUGUGACUCACUUUAAAAAUUCAAGAUUGCUGUUUUUUUUUCUUUUUGUUUCAUGUCUUCGUUGUACUUAAUCCUAUUAAAAUAUUUCCAACUAAACCUGAA